GUUUAACUGAGCAGGGAAGGACAUGUGGGCACGACUGUGGGAGGCAGCCCCGGCCUCGGCCACGAGCUCCCUGGGAACUGCGGUCGCUCGCAAAGGUCCCUCUGUGUGCAGGGAAGGCAGUGCAUGAGGGGUUUUCCUUCUCCUUUCAAAGCCACUGCUCUGCAAAAUGGGCCUGAGCUCUUCCAAGGCACACCCCAAGGUGACCAAGGUGGCACCGAUGCACACCGGGGAGGACCUGCCCGCUCUCGCUGCCCCGUUCCAGCUCCCCGGCGUGCCAGGAGAGCCCAGCCUGCGCCCGCCAGCCACGGCAGGGUGGGGAAACCCCAUGUUUCACCAGCAACUUCCACCUCUCCGGGAGACCUGGUAUGGGAGAGCCUCUGCAGGGCCCCUUUCUUUCAACACCGUGCCGGAAAAGGGAGAAACCAGCAUCAUUAAACAGCACCCGCCUCGAAGACCUCAAAGGCUUGAACCUGCUGUCCCUCCACAAGCAAUUGCUCCUGCAAAGCCCUGGAGUCAGCAAGAAGUGGCUGCGAGCCCAGAAACGAAGGCUCUGGAGAGGAGGGGGCAAAGCCUGAGACACCUCCCUGGCAGGCGGCAGCACUUGCACAAGCUGCAGAUGCUGGACUUGACCCGCAGGCGCCGAGAGGCAGAGCUGAAGCGAAAUCUCCACAGGGAGGCGAAUAUCAAUAAACAAAAAAUCAAGGAAUUGAGCCCAAAGAAAGUCCUUGACACUCUCCAGCGUGGCGGCAGUGAUGAAAGCCGAGACCUCGUCCCUGCUGAGCACAAUCAGGGUUUUCAUGGAGACGACCAUGGAAACACAUGGGGUAGAGGACUCUCCAGGCACCACGAUGGGUCUGAACUUUCUCCAAGCAAGAGCAGGAAGGUUGACCUGUGGUUCUGCAGGGAGUCACGGACGAGGGAUCUGUUCUGGGACACAUCCAGCACGGGCUCUGACGAGUGGGAAAGGGAAGAGAGGAAGAUUUGCCACAAGCCUAGGCUUGUGAGAACCAGGACAGAGAGAGUUUCUCUCUUUGAUGACUUCUUUGAUAAGGAUCUCUAGUGGCAUGGCUUGGGGUCAGAGGGACGUGCUGAAGAAACAAAGCCCAGCUCUGGUGGGGCUGAAACCCACCCCCCCAGGCUGGAGGGACUGAGGGUGGAGACAUGAUGCUUGCAGUAAGCGGCGUUUCUGGGAGUAUGGGCCGGUGGGAAGGACAGCUGGAAAUAAGAUCACUGAUGUGAAGUGAGUAAUGACUGUGGCUGAAUCAAAAUAUCUAGGGAAAAAAAUGGCUUGGACUUAGCAACAAUGAAGUGGGGUUAGAGGGAGGAGGAGGCUGGCAAAAAACCAAGCAGAAGCUGGAAAAUAUUGUGGGUUAGCCCCAAAUAUUAAGUUCCAACUGAAAUGCAAUGUUUUGCUUGCCUUUGGGUUACUCAACCUUUCUGUUUAACUUGUUUUUAGCCUUAUGGUCUUUUGUAAACCACAAAAACCCAGUUCAAAAUACAAGGUGAAAUGAUUAAUUUAGGAAAUCUUUAAAAAUAAAUAUUCUGGUAUUU